UUAUUUUUCAUCCGACUUUCGAUUCAAAGAUUUUAAAAUUAUUUUCAAUUACGUUGGCAAUAAAUAAGCAUAGGAAAUUAAUAUCACAUAUAUUUGCAAGUUGGAUUUGUAUAAAAGCAGAGCAGUUUUCUAUGUUAAAACUAUCUGUAUUCAGCAAAAAUAUGGUCUACGAAUCAGAUUACGAACAUCACUACGAUCAAGACCGAGACGUCCGAGAAGCUAAUGCCAAUGCUGCCAUAAUUAUGAUGCUCUUCAUUGUGUCGAUCAUCGUCAGCUUCUGUUGUGUUAUCUACCAAGUAAUGAACUAUCAAAAUGAGAGGGCUGAAUUCGAACGCAUUCGACGUAUGCAAUUUAUGCAAUACAAUCUUCGAAAGCAACGGGAACGUCAGUAUCAGGAACUUCAGCGUCAGCAAUAUGCUUAUGUUCAGCCAUAUAUUGUCUAUCCAGUUGUUGCAGCUCAGUAUCAAUGGACGGGAAAUGAGCAAAGCGUUGAAAAUCCACCACAAUAUGUUCAAGCGCCAUACCCGCCAGUCUAAAAAGAAAUAGAGGGAAGGAAUAUUAAGAGAUAAAUUGAUAGGAGAAGAUAUAUAGUACUUGUUGUUGUUAAAUUUGUUCUUUUUUUUGUU